UCCAAUAUCACAUUUCCCUCAUAGUUUCGACCAUGAAGUUCCCUCAGAAGGCUCUGAUAAGGCCAGGUAUAUCGCUACAUAAGUCGAUCCUGUCGCCGAAAGUCCCACGACGGGCCUUGACCAACAAUGGGUUCUUUAGGGUUUCGGACGAGGUACAGGAAGCUUUGAACUCGAAGAGGCCAGUCGUAGCACUUGAGACAACGAUAUAUACUCACGGUUUCCCAUAUCCGGAAAAUGUAGCCCUCGCCUCACUUCUCGAAAGCGUUGUUCGCGUCAACGGCGGAGUACCCGCAACUAUCGGAAUCCUCGAUGGUGUAGCUCGCGUGGGCAUGUCCGCGGAAGAAUUGAUCCGGCUUGCUUCGUCUGCAGGAAAGGAAAACACCCUGAAGCUAUCGAGGCGAGAUUUAAGCUACGUUUGUGGGUUGCGACUGGCAGGAAAGGAAUAUAAUGGUGGCACUACGAUCGCUGGAACAAUGCUUCUUGCCCAUCUCGCUGGAAUCAAGAUCUUUGGUACUGGUGGUCUUGGGGGUGUACAUCGAGGUGCGGAGUCCAGCAUGGACAUCUCUGCUGACCUCACUGAGCUGGGACGGACGCCAGUCACUGUGGUCAGCAGUGGUUGCAAGAGCUUUCUUGACAUUCCCCGAACACUCGAAUAUCUCGAGACCGAGGGUGUUGGCGUAGGGACUUUUGCAGACGGGAGGAAGGGAAAGGUUGAUUUUCCUGCUUUCUGGUCCAGAGACAGCGGUGUCAGGAGCCCGACAACCAUCGAGAACGAAAUCGAAGCCGCUGCGAUUAUACAUGCCCAGCAUGCACUACAAAUCUCAUCCGGCCUACUGUUUGCAAAUCCUGUGCCAGCGGAGGCAGCAAUACCCAAAGAGACCAUGGACACAAUUAUCGAGGAAGCAAUUCGGCAGGCCGAUGCUCAAGGUGUUUCCGGCAAGGACAACACCCCCUUCAUUCUAGCAAAGAUCAAGGAGCUUAGCAACGGCAAGAGUAUUCCGGCCAAUCGGGCACUGAUAGAGUCUAAUGUGCGGAGAGCCACUAUUGUAGCUCGAGAACUUGCCAUUCUAGAAGCUAAACAAGCUGAUGCCCAGGGACGCACUUCCGCAUAUCUCACUCCACUUCCUGCGAACCCAUCUACAUCUUCUGAAGCUAGAGUCCACGACACGCCACCAGCGGCAUCUCGCACCACCUCGUCGGACAUUAGUAUUAGUGAAUCCCCUCCGGACAUCAUAGUUGCAGGUGCACUUGCAGUAGACUUUUCUUGUGACUUUGCACCUCUAUCAAGCUCCCAAAACCAAGUAGACCCAUCGCUCCACACUUCCAACCCUGCAGUGAUCAGUCAAUCGUUGGGAGGUGUUGCGCAUAACAUUGCUAAGGCCGCUCAAUUAGUGGGUGCAUCAGUACGCCUCUAUAGCGCGGUUGGGGAUGACCUUAGUGGCCGGGCAGCUGUCAGCCAAAUGCAAUCGGAAGGCAUGCAAACUGAAGCGAUUUGGACUUUACCCCAGCCGCUUAGAACAGCGCAAUAUGUUGCAGUCAACAAUGCUCACAAGGACCUCACUAUGGCUAUGGCAGAUAUGAGCAUUCUUGAAUCGAUAACACCUUCGAGCAUCAACGAACAUUGGCUGACUACUCCGUCCACCGCUAAACCCAAAUGUCUCAUAGCAGAUGCGAAUUGGACUUCCGAGUCGCUUCAAGCUUGGUUCCAAUAUGGCAAAUCCAUCAACGCAUUCAAUAUAUUCGAACCAGUCUCAACCGCGAAAUCGACCCGACUUUUCUCACGGCCGAGUCCCGACAAUCCGACUCCUAUUUUCCCUACCAACCUUGUUGACCUCGCAACUCCAAAUAUCUACGAAUUGACGACACUCCACAACACUGCCCUGGAACUUGAUCUGUUCAGCACCUUUUCUUCCUGGUUUCGUGUCAUCGAUGCGCUGGGUAUACCUUCUUCCGGUCUACGCGUACCACUGGCACAUACGACCAAUCCAGAACUCGUUGAUGCAGGCAUACCUCAGCAAGCCAUCAAGCUUCUGCCUUUUAUUCCCACCAUAUUGACAAAGCUCGGCUCUAAAGGCGUUCUCCUCACCAAGCUACUUAAAUCAGAUGACCCAGCGUUGAGCUCCCGGGAAGAAGCGCCUUACGUACUCUCGAGACGGUCGAACAACGAUAACGAGAUUGGUGUGGGUGGCUUGUAUGUAAGAAUGUUCCCAACAGACAAGAUUUUGGGUGAAGGUGAGGUAGUGAGUGUGAAUGGCGUUGGCGACACUUUCCUUGGGGUUCUUUCGGCCGGAUUGGUGAAGGGAAAGAAGGUAGAGGACGUCGUUGGCCUGGCGCAGAGAGCUGCUGGAAUGAGCUUGAAAACUAAAGACAGUGUUAGUGGUGAGCUCAAGACACUUAUUGGAUAUUUGUAG